AUGGGCGAAUACUUCUGCGAACCCUGUCGCGCAGCCGCGCAGGCGAUAGUUGCGGGAGGCGACGACAACGCCGCCGCCGCGGCGUCUGCGGCUGCAGCGGCAGCGGCGGCGGCGGCGCUAGCGGCGGGCGUGGCGGCGGGCGCGGCGGCGGGCGCGGGAGUGGCGGUGUCGCCCGGGCAGAAACGGGCGAGGCGAAAGUCCAACCAGAAGGCCUGUCUUUCGGAUGGAGGCCAUUCAGACGCCACGUCCGACGCCGACAAUCCCGAGGCUCCAGGCAGCCACACUACAUCCGUGCAGGCAGCCAGUCGCAGGCUGACACGUGGCGAGGCACAGAAGCUACAGCGGCUGCAGCAAGGGGGCGCAGCAGCUGGGGAAGGCGAGGAGGUGGAGGAGGAAGAGGAGGGGGAGGGAGAGGAGGAGGGGGAUGGUGGGGAAGGGGGAGAAGGGGGGGGAUACGCAGAGGAGCAGACAGGAAGGGUAAUGGCUGGGGGAGAUGGUAGUGAUAAUGUUGUGCCAGGGGGAGAAGUGCCUGGUGCGGCUGACGCGGGUCUGGGUGCAGGGCUGGUGAGUAUGGGAGGAGGAGGCGCUAACGGUGAUACGCAUAACGCCUUGGGUGGGGACCACCAGCAGCAGUUGCAGCAGCAGCAUGUGCAGCAGGAGGGGCAGGUGGAGCAGCAGCAGCUGCUGCAGCAGCAGCAGUUGUUGCAGCAGCAGGAGCAGGAGCAACGGGAGGCAGGGCAGCCGUUUUCUGUGUACGACGCGGUUGCUGCUGCCGCUGCGUCUGCCGCUCUGCCAGACGACACAGUGCAGUCUCCUACACGCGCUACGCUUCCACCGCAGCUGCACCCCUCAGUGGACCCAGCAGCAGCAGCAGCAGCAGCAGCAGCAGCAGCAGCAGCAGCAGCAGCAGCAGCAGCAACAGCAGCAGCAGCAGCAGGGGCAGAGGCGAAGGGUGGUUUGAAGCGCACAGCAGACAUGAUGAUGGGGGCUAGUCAGGGAUUGGAUCCAAAUGCUGCCGCUGGUGCUUACGUUGCCGGUGCUGGUGCUGCUGCUGGUGUGGGUGCGGGAGGGAUAGAGAUGGUGGAUGCGGGAAUUCUCGCCCCGGCAGCAAAGCAACCGCGAGUUGAAACCCAGGCCUCGGCUCUCCACGCUGCUUUUCCUGCCGUCCCACCAGCUGCGUCCCCCACCCUGGCUCCAUGCGGGGCAGUGGCAGCAGACAGGGGAGGGGCAGGCGGGGAGAAAGCAGCCCUUGCCUUCGCACCUUCCCCUCUCGCUGCUGCACCAGGCUCUGUUACAGACGCAGCCGCAGCCACUGCCACAGCAGCAGCAGGUGGAAGUGCAGCAGCGGCGCCAGGAGCAGUGGCAGCAGGGGCUAUGGCUCCUGGACCACAACUGGUGGCAGUGACUAUGCCAGUGCAGUCUACUACUCCUCUUCCCACCGGUACCAGCACUGCCAGCGGCAUUGCUACCGCUGCUGGUGCACCCGCCACUGCUGCGGUGCCUCCUGCGAUGCCCGCCAUCCCUCUCCUGCGCGUUCCUGUGUUCUAUGGAAAGCCGCAGCUUCUGCCCUUUGCCAUCCCGCCUCUCCCUGCCUUUGCUGGCGCCACUGCUGCUCCAGGGCUAGCGCCCCCUGUUCCUUCGCAAGUUUCGCCAGGUGUUCCGCCAGGCGUUUUUCCAGGUGUUCCAGGGGCCGCCCCAGGUGCUAUGCCAGGUGGUGUGAUGGCUGCAGUGCCGCCUACUGCUCCCCCUGGGGUAGGGCGAAGUGGGGCAGGAGCAGUGGUGGGGGGUGCGGGAGCAGGGGGGGUGAGCAGGCAGGGACAGGGAGCAGGGAAGGGAGCAGCAGUGAAAAGUGUCAUGCGGACAAGGCAAGGGACAGCAGCAGCGGCGGCGGCUGCAGCAGCAGCUGGUGGUGGGAAUUCUGGUACUGCCCUGGGCAAGCUACACCUACAGCAGCAGCAGCAGCAGCAGCAGCAGCAGCUGCUGCAGCAGCAAUUUCUGCUGCAGCAGCAACAGCAGAUGGGGCAGGACGACGCCCCCCCCCAGCCGCACACCAAAGCAUACUACCAGCACCACUCGCGCAUGCGCACCGGCAGCGGCAGCAACGCGGGGCCGCCACCAACAGGCGCAGCCCACGCCUUCCCUCUCGGAUCCCUCUCUCGAUCCGCUUCUGGCGGGUCAGCAGCAGCUGCGGCGGCUGCUGCGGCAGCAGGGGGAGUGGCUGGUUCUCCUGCGUCGCCGCGCACUGGUCCUUUGAAGGGCCCGGGGCAGCGGAGGAACUCGGCAGGGCAGGCAGGGGCGCGGGCGAGAGGGCAGGAGAAGGGUGCAGCAGGGGGAGGAGGCGGGGCUGGAGGGGGACGGGCAGAGGGGAAGGUAGAGGGGGGUGUGGAAACGGAUUUGAGAGUGAAGAGUGAAAGGGAAGAGGAAAAGGCUGGUGAUUUGGCGCCAAUGGCAGAUGUGACUAGAACGGCUGUGAAGGAGGAAGAGAAGGGUAAAGUGGAGCAGGCGCAAGAGACGGAGGAGAAGGAAGGCAAAGAGGAGGUUGGAGCUAAUGUUGGUGUUGGUGGUGGGCAGGGUGGAAAAGAGAGCAGAGCAGCAGGUGGAUUGGUGGUGAAUGGAGUGAAAGGGGAGGCAAUAGUGCAAGGAGAGACGGGAACAGUAGGGUUGGUUGCUGCAGAGGGGCCUCACACUCCAGGUGGCGUUUCAACCAAUGUUCCUGCCACUCCUGGGGACUUGACGGCUGUGCAAGCUUCGGAGACUGCUCCCGCUUCUGUUUCUGACGCUGUGCCCUCUGAUGCAGCCGCUGAUGCUGUUGCUGCAGCUGACUCUUCUGCUCCUCCUGCUCCUCCUGCUGCUCCUGCUGCUGAUCCUCGUCCUUCUGAGGAGGCUAUUGCUGCUGUUGCUGCUGCUGGAGCUGAGUCCGCUGCUGCCGUCCACAGUGCGACCACUGUUGGAGCGGUUACUGCAGUCGACAGUGCAGCACAGCCAGCAGCAGGUAAUUCCUCUGAAAGUGCAGCAGUGAAUCAGUCAGAUCCCACUGCUGCUGCCGCUGCCGCUGCUGCUCCUGCUCCUGCUGCUGCAGAUGCUGCUGCGGCUGCAGGAGUGGUUGCAGGAGUGGUGGCCGGGGAAGCUGGGCUGAAAUCAGAGCCUGUCACUGAACCGAUGGUGACUGAAACUGUCGUGAAGGCUGAGGGUGUGACAGAAACAGGUGUGGCUGCAGGAGAGGCGGUGGUAGAUGUUUUGAUGGGAGAAGCAGCAGGCGCUGGUGCUGCUGAAACAGCAGGAGAAUCAGCAGCAGGAGAAGCAGCAGCAGCAGCAGCAGCAGCAGCAGCAGCAGCAGCAGAGGCGGCUGCAGUGGCGGUGACAGGGAACGAGGAGGGUGGUGGCGCUGCUGCUACUGCAGUAGGUAAGGAGGGAGAGACGAGAGAGAAGCAAAGAGGGGCAGUGAAGGCGGAAGAGAUGGAGGAGGAUGUGGUAGAGGUGAAGGGAGGAGAGGGGAAGGGAGGAUCGAUAGAAGACAAGGUUGCAGUUGAGGGGGGAGAGGCGAGAGGUGUUGAACUCGGUGCACAGGUGUUGAAAGCGGAUGAAGGAAGUGGAGGGAAGGGUAUGGGGGAGGAGGGAGGAGCGGAGCCUGCAGCAAAGGCGGACUCAGACGUUGUUGAAGUGCCUAUGGCAGAGGGCGCAGAGGGGGCGACAGGAGCUGGUAACGGGGAGGCUAAUAAGGAGGACAAAGGUGGGGUGGGUGCACGAGUAACAGCGCAGGGAGGAGAGGCAGCAGGGGGGGAUGUGGAGAUGACAGAUGCGUUGGUGGGGACAGAGGGGGUUGGAGCGGGAGGAGUGAUGGGGGCACAGGAGAAGGAGAUGGAUGAUGAUGUGGUGGAGGUUGCACCAGGAGGGACGGAGGGAGCGACGGCUGAUCGCGCCAAAGCCGACGCCCUCGCAGCCACAAUCGAAGACGAGCUCUUCCGACUCUUCCGAGGCGUGACUAAAAAGUACCGCGACCGGGCUCGAUCUCUGCUCUUCAACCUGAAAGACCCGAGCAACCCAGAGCUCCGUGGGCGAGUAAUCUCAGGGGACCUCCCCCCUAGAGAGCUCUGCCAGAUGACUGCAGAGCAGCUGGCUUCACGGGAGCUGUCUCAGUGGCGAGAGGCUAAGUACCAGGAGCAUGCGGAGCAGACGGUGUUGACAGAAGAGGAUUCUGAUGCGCUCAUGCGAGUGGUUAAGAAGACGCAUAAGGGAGAGGUGGAGGUUGAGUUGCCUUCGCUGGCGGAGGAGGUUUCGGCGCCUGUGGUGGCUGCUGUGGGGUUGAAUGGGGGGAAGAGAGGAGGGAAGGGCGAGGAGGAGGGGAGAGGGAGGGGUGGGAGUGGUGCGGAGGGAAAAGGGGAGGGGGAUGGGGUUGGAGCGGGUAGUGGGCGGAAGGAGAAAGAGAGAGGGGACGGUGGGGUUGGUGUGAAGAGGGAGAGGGAAGCGGAUGGGGAGGGGAAGGGGAGUGGGGAGAUUCUGAGUUGGGAGAAAUGGAGUGCGAUGAGGGGUGGUGGGGGAGGGGAUGGGGAGGAGGAGGGCGACAGGGGGGUGGAGGGUGAGGAGGAGGAGCGGGGAGGGGGGAAACGGCUGGCUGUUGAAGGUAUUCGGCGCAGGAGUUACAGUGGUGUGGUUGGGGGCUCGGGUGGGGGCUCGGGUGGGGGCUCGGGUGGGGGCUCGGGUGGAUUGGAAGAGGAAGGGAUUGGGGAGUUGAUUGCACGAGUCACAGGCAGAGACAGAUCAGGUUCAGGGGAUGGGAGAGAGGGACGGGAAGGGAGAGAAGGGAGGGAGGGCAGGGAGAGAGGCGGAAAGGCAAGAGUGGGAGCAGAGGGGAGAGGGUCAGGUGGGAUUGGGGGAGGUGGAAGAGUGCUGGGAAAGGCAGGGUCGUUGGGGGGUGAAGGGGAGAAGGUGCAUGGCGGGAGGCAUGGGAGGGAUGUGAAAGAGGAAAGCAAGGAGGGGAGGGUGGAUGGUGAGGGGGGAGGGGGAGGGGAUGGAGGACGGAGUAGGGAAGGCGGAAAGGGGGUGAAGGAGAGAGCAGAAGGCAGGGCGAGAGAAGGAGGAGGAGGGGAGAAGGCUGCCGAACGGGGGCUAGCAUUAAAGGAGAAAGAGAGGGAGAGGGAGGUGGAACUGGGUGCAGCCGCAGCAUCUGCAGCAGCGUUUUGGGGGGGAGUGACAGAGGGUGCAGUGGAGGAGGUGUGGUCGCAGGCAGAGGAGGAAGCCAAGGCUCUGGCAGUGGGGCAGGACAUAUGGGAGGGGGGGCUGCAAGUCACGUCCUCACGAAUGUGCCCCAUCCGCGCCUUCCGAGUCAGUGGCGACAGCAGUGUGGACGUGGGGCGCUUUGAGGCGGUGGUGGAGGUGAAGGGGCGCGUCAAGAUGUCAGACUUCGCCACCUUCCUCUCUGCCCUGCGCACCGCUCGCUCUAGAACCGUCGUGGUGCGCCCUCUUACUCUUUGUUUCACUCUCACCUCCUCCCCUCCUCUCUCCUCCUCUCUUCCUCUCUCCUCCCCUCUCCUCUCUCCUCCCUUCUCCUCACUCCUCCGCUCCGUUUCUCCCUCCACCACUCCCCUCCUCUCUCCUCCCCUCCCCUCCUCUCCCGUCCUCUCUCCUCCACUCUCACCCACUCCCUUCCGCUCCCCUCCACUCUCGGCCACUCUCGCCCACUCUCCUCCACGCCCCACUACCCUUUGCGCCUCCCGUCCUCCCCCCACGACUCUCCUCUACUUGCGCUCACGCCUCUUCUCUUGUUGCUGCUCUUAUCUUGUGCGACUCUAA